AGGACGGACGUCGUUUGGGACACCGUUGGCCACCGUUUCCCGGGACGGUGGAGCCAUGUCCGCAGGGCCUGAUCAGUCCGCCAGGGGCGAGGAGGAAGUGGCACGGAAGCGCCUCUUCCGCGGGACGCGGCUGUGCAAGUUCUUCCUGGCUGGCUGCUGCUCUCGUGGAAAUGCAUGCAAUUUUGCCCACUCGCAGGGUGACCUGAAGGAUUUACCAGACUUCUCAAAGACUAGACUUUGUGAUCCCUUCAUGAAAAGCGGAGUCUGUGACGCGGGCGACAAGUGCAAGUUUGCACACAGCCACGACGAGCUGCGACCCAGCUAUAUCUCCAAGUCCAAGAGCCUCGAAAAGCGACCCUCGCGCGAGCUGCGCGAGGAUCGAGCACCUCAGGCUCAUCCUCAGCAGGAUCCAGCGCAAGGGCAUCCUAGUACAGCGGGGCUUUUGCACAGUGCGGCCAUGUAUGCCCUGAUCCUGCAAGGCCUCAACAACAAAUCCAGCUCGAACGCCUCGGUGUCGAGCGCGACGAAAGUUCCCGAGUCACCCGUGAAGGCUGGCCCGGUGCCCCCCGGCGCGGCCAGCGUGCUGAGUGCGUCGCCGCGUGAGUCCUUCAGCCGGCAGACGACGCAGACUCCAGCAGAUGCGAGUGACGAGCUGCGGACCUUUAGCCGACAGACCACGGAGGAGCGACCUUCGCGGCAGACCACGGAGGAGACCAGGCGACCCUUACCGCUGUCUCAGUUAUUGAGCCUCCCGGAACCGGAGGAGUCGGAGGACUCUGGCCGGCCACCAAGCCAAGGGUCCGAGGGUGAGGAGCUCCAAGUCCGGCUGAAGAACACCUUUCUCCAUUGGGAGCCGAUCUCCACCGAGACUGUACUGAUGAGGAGGUCCCGGUCGCUCCCCGGAGCGCUUCCCGAAGAGCAUGAGGAGCGAAGCGCCAGCGCUGGAAGCACUUCGGAGGGACCUUUUGCAUCGAUGUCUCAGACGGAUGACUGCAAAACUGCAGACUGAAAGCCCACCGCCAGGGCGGAUAGAUUUUUCAAGGAACGCUGCCGGCUGUGGGCAACCGUCCCCGGCUAGCGCGCGCGAAGGUGUGGAACUCAUCAUGGCUAUGG